UUUUAUCUUGACAUCUGUAUGAAGAGGUAGAAGAACUGGUAAUGUAAAUAAAAACAAUUUUUCCAUGUGAAUUUUGAAAAUAAAAUAAAACAAUUCAAAGAAUUUACUAAAUAAGAAUUAUGAACGUUGAGAAUAUUAAACAGGAGCCUGAGCCUUUUCUUGAUUUAUCAAUUGUCAAGGAAGAAUUCACUAUCGAGGAAUUGGAUGAGCCUGAUUACCAUUUAAUUGCAAAGCCUUUGGCCGUUUCAAAAGUUAAAAUUGUACCUGUGAAAUUUGAAGACAUUGAGAACGAAAAGGCAACUUCGGAUCCAAAGCCAGAUAAAAAGAAAUAUACAUGCAAGAUUUGCGGAAAAGUAUAUGUUAAUUCCAAAUUCUUACGGUAUCAUAGAAAUAGUCAUGAUCCAAAAAAGAUAUUCAAAUGUCCUCAAUGCCCAGCAAAAUUCGCUAAGAAGAACUAUGUUCAACAGCACAUGUUUGUUCAUGAGAAAGUUUCGCCUGCAACCUGCCAAAUCUGUAAUAAGACCUUCAAAACUGAUUCUAAACUGAAGAAUCACUUGUAUCGACAUGAUUACUUUUUCCAAAAAAGAACACAUACUUGUAAAAUCUGCAGGAAGGUCUACAUUAGUGAAUCUGAAGUGGAAUACCAUAUAAAGGCAGAACAUGAGAGGAAGACAUCUACAUCUAAACCUCAGUUAUUUCGCAGUUUGACGUAUAAUUCGUAAAGUUGUUGAAUUUUUUUUUCGGAAUUUAAAUAAAUAUAAAAAAAAUAUACACCCAAA